GCUGAGCCUGAAACCACGCACUCAUCCUAUUCAAAAUUCCAAAAGCCAAAGCGUACGGAAGAAACGGGAGUGGGCUGAGGGUGAGUGGAUAUUGUGAUAGUGGUUGGCGACGAUCGUGGCGGAGUAGUUGAUUACCUGUGUGUGCGCACUUCACACUCCACCCCCCCUGCGCACUUUAGCAUCUCCCUCCGUUAAUCCUUACAUUAUGACCACCUCUCCUCUCCUCACUUACGCCCCAUUCUUCUUAUUCUUCUUCUAUUACUUUCAUCAUCAUCAUUAUGUCAACUCCUGCUACACCCACCGCCACUCGUCGGGUCCCACCGCCCUGCUGGACCCAUGAUGAAACCCUAGCCCUCAUCAACGCUUACUCUACCCGAUGGCUCUCACUCAACCGCGGCAACCUCCGUACCUCCGAUUGGGUCGCCGUCUCCUCUGACGUUUCCGCUGCUAAUCUCGCUGCGCCCAAGUCCUCCAUUCAGUGCCGCCACAAGAUCGAGAAGUUACGCAAACGCUACCGUUCUGAGAAACAGCGCUCCCUCGCGGCUCCAGGUCGCUUCGUUUCUUCUUGGGACCUUUUUCCUUUGUUGGAUUCUAUGAAUUUUGCCUCAUCCUCAACCGCUGUAUUUAAUAACCGAGAUCGUGAUAUUUUCGAUCAGAAGAUUGCCGAUGGUGAUGGGUUUCGCUUAAAAACUGUGAAUGAGAAGAAGUCGAUGAGCAAAUAUGGGAAAAUGGACGAUGAUUUGAAUCAAGGUUUGGGUUUUAAUCGUGAUUUAGAACGUGGGUUUUUAAGGAAUUAUGGAAAGAUUGAUUUUGAGGAUGAUGAGUUUGGAGGUGGAAUUGGUUUAAAAAUUUUAAGUGAUGGUAAUUUGGUUAAUUUAGAGUCUAGGGCAAAGGAUUACGUAGAGACUAUUGGUGAUUUGAGGUCCAAUAUUGGUUUUGAUCGUGAUUAUGCAGUUGGGUUUGGUGUGAAAAUGCAAGGUGAUAGGAAUUUUGUGGCUCAUAGAUUGAAAAGUUAUAGGAAGAUUGAUGAUUACAACAUUGAUGGGUUUCCUGUUGAAACCCUAGGUGAUAGGAUUUUGGUGCCACCGUCAGGGUUUAAGCCAAAAAAUUAUAGCAAGAUUGAUGGUAAUUUUAACAUUAAUUCCUGUUCUGAUCAUGAUGCUGAUUAUGUGGCUGGUAAUGGAAGUGAGUAUUAUGCUAAAACCUUUCACGAUGGGGAUUUUGUGCCCUUGGGAAGCAGGUUGAAGAGUUAUGGUAGUGUUGAUAGGAAUUUGAAUUCCAGUGUCGGCUUUCAUGGUGUAAAUGAGUAUGUCUCUUCCUCAAGAAUGAAGUUUGGGAAGAAGAACGGAAGUGGUGGGGUUAAGAGAGGUUUAGAUCCAUUUGAGGAGUUGGUUUCGUCAAUUACUCUUUUGACUGAAAGGUUUCUGAAGAUGGAGAAGAUGAAGAUGGACAUGGCUAGGGAGACUCAGAAAUUACGGAUGGAGACGGAGAGGAAACAAAACCAGAUGAUGCUUGAGUCACAGCAAUAUAUUUUGGAUGCUUUUUUUACAGGGUUGUCGGAAAACAAGAAGAAGAGGAAGGUGAAAGUGAAGGUAGAGGUAGUGUCACCUAACAGAAUGGGGGAUGGAGAUGAGGUGUAAAUGGGAUGAUGCUUGAAUCAUAACAUUGGAUUGUGGAUAAGGAGGUUAGCUGAUGCAAUGAAGUAGCAUUUUUUGUUCUUUUUUCAAAUUUUCCUUGAAGAAGGGACACUUUGAAUGGCGUUCCUUUGUCAUCACAUUAAGUUUUGGGAUAUGGUCCUAUUUUCUGAAGGUGGGUGACAAAUAGUUUGACCCGUAAGUUUUGACCUUUGUCCUGGCUAUUUAAUCUGAGUUUGUCAAAUCCUACUUUCCUUCCUUCUUUUUAGACUAGUAGGAUGUUAAAAAAAAAAAAAAAA